GGGCUUGUUUCGGGGCUGGGGGGAGGCGGUGGAGGUGUAAGGAGAAGAAAAGAGUAAGCAAAGGCCCUGGGAAACUACGAACUCCGCGGCCGGGCGGGGAGGGAAGCGGCGGCGCGGCGCGGCGUCCCCGCCCCAAGCCCGGAGCGCCCGGGAGUCGCGUGCCCACGGCCGGCGCGCGGCGUCCCCGUGCAGUCCCGGCAACCUGUCACCGAGGAGGACGUGACUCGGCGCUGCCUCCGCUUUCCCCAAGCCAUAUUCCUUUAAGAUGAUGUAAUAGUCAUUUCCCUGGAUGGUUUCUUGCCUGCACUGCUGAAACAACAGCAGUCCAACUGCACUGGGAACUGUGGAACCGCCCAGCUCCGUCGCCCGCCCGAGCAGCCGGAGCCCAGGACUCGCCGGUAUCUCCGCGCUUCGGCGGCGCCGGCUCCCACCCGCUCCACCGGCUCCCACCACCUCCCACCGUCUCCCAACGGCUCCCAACGACUCCCAAGGGCUCCCAACGGAUCCCAACGGCUCCCACCAGCUCCCACCUGCUCCCACCUGGCUGGGAACAUGGGAGCCCCUUCGCCCUUGCCGGCAGGUGGGAUGGCUACCUGGGACCCCAGCAGGGCACCUCUGUCUUUCUUCCUGCGUCUGGGCUUUCCGAAAAGCUACUAAGUCCUGGUACCUCUUGCAACUCGCUUCUGUUUGAACGAUUCUUGUUGAGGCUUUGAUUUUUUUUUUUUCUUCCUGGAGACGCUUUGGUUGAAUAUUUGUCUCUGCUUUUCAACCCAAUCACCUCUUAUCACCGUUUAACUUUCUUGUGACUUGCUUUAACGAGAUUGAAAGUGAAUAUAUACGUUCAUACAUGCAAAUAUACAUUUAUAUAAAUAUAUAAUCUUUUCUGAGAGCACACCUCUCUGGCACUUUCAUUAAUAGGCUCGAUGUGGCUGUGCAUUCUGACUGCUUUGCAAAUGGGCAUUUCUUCACAGGACUGAGUUUCCAGCACUCAAUAAGAUCUCUGAGUAACUGGGGACUUGGCCUGCCUUCUCUACUGAGCCCGGGGGAAGAUCGAAUGGAGAUGAGUUGAUUAUAUUCCAUGAAGUAAUAGCUUACUACCAGCCAGGGUUUAAACUACUUCACCUGUGGACUCUUCUAAAUUUUGAUUUCUUGGGGAAAAAUACAGGGGUUAGUGGAGGUCAUUUUUAAUACGUUUGCAUCCUUCUCCCUCCCUAACAAGUUGAUGUCAAGGAUAAGGCUGUGAGCUCUUUGGAUUGCACCUUCAAAUCAAAAUAGGAGGAGGAAAGGAAAGGGACAAUGGCUCUGAGUGGAAACUGUAGUCGGUAUUAUCCUCGAGACCAAGGGGCCACCGUUCCCAGCUCCUUCCCUGAGGUCAUGGAGCUGAAUGUUGGGGGACAAGUUUAUUUCACUCGCCAUUCCACCUUAGUAAGCAUCCCUCACUCCCUGCUGUGGAAAAUGUUUUCCCCAAAGAGAGACACGGCUAACGAUCUAGCCAAGGACUCCAAGGGAAGGUUUUUCAUUGACAGAGAUGGAUUCUUGUUUCGCUACAUACUGGACUAUCUCAGGGACAGGCAGGUGGUCCUGCCUGAUCACUUCCCAGAAAGAGGAAGACUGAAAAGGGAAGCCGAGUACUUCCAGCUCCCAGACUUGGUCAAACUCCUGACCCCUGAUGAAGUCAAGCAAAGCCCGGAGGAAUUCUGCCAUAGUGACUUUGAAGAUGCCUCCCAAGGAAGUGACACAAGAAUCUGCCCCCCUUCCUCACUGCUCCCUGGCGACCGCAAGUGGGGUUUCAUUACUGUGGGCUACAGGGGGUCCUGCACCAUGGGCAGAGAGGGGCAGGCAGAUGCUAAGUUUCGGAGAGUCCCUCGGAUUUUGGUUUGUGGAAGGAUUUCCUUGGCAAAGGAAGUCUUUGGAGAAAGUUUGAAUGAGAGCAGAGACCCUGACCGAGCCCCAGAAAGGUAUACCUCCAGAUUUUAUCUCAAAUUCAAGCAUCUGGAAAAGGCUUUUGAUAUGUUGUCAGAGUGUGGAUUCCACAUGGUGGCCUGUAACUCCUCCGUGACAGCAUCUUUCGUCAACCAGUAUACAGAUGACAAGAUCUGGUCGAGCUACACUGAAUACGUCUUCUACCGUGAGCCUUCCAGGUGGUCAUCCUCCCAUUGUGAUUGCUGCUGCAAGAACGGCAAGGGGGACAAAGAAGGGGAGAGUGGCACGUCUUGCAAUGACCUCUCCACCUCCAGCUGCGACAGCCAGUCUGAGGCCAGCUCUCCCCAGGAGACGGUCAUCUGUGGGCCCGUGACACGCCAGACCAACAUCCAGACUCUGGACCGCCCCAUCAAGAAGGGCCCCGUGCAGCUGAUCCAACAGUCCGAGUUGCGGCGGAAAAGCGAUCUGCUCCGGACUCUGACUUCGGGCUCCAGGGAGUCAAACAUGAGCAGCAAAAAAAAAGCUGUCAAGGAGAAGCUCUCAAUUGAGGAAGAGCUGGAGAAAUGCAUCCAGGAUUUCCUCAAGAUCAAAAUUCCAGACCGGUUCCCCGAGAGAAAACAUCCUUGGCAAUCUGAACUGUUAAGGAAGUACCAUCUAUAGGGCAGGGCUGGGGGGGGUGGGAGGAGAAACAAACCGUGUAAGCAUUUGGGAAGUCAACGUCCUAAAGGAAAUUCACAUUUGCAAAGAAAAACAACAACUGACAAUACACAUUUGUUAGAACACAAUGCCCACUGAUAUACUACUGCCUAUUUACCUGAUUCACCUUAACACGUAACUUCACAGGGUAGAUUUCUUUCCAGAUGUGGAAGUGUAAGAAAACCUUUUUUGGCCUGUUUGUUUGUUUGUUUGUUUGUUAACUUGGUCCCAUGUGCUGAGUACCUUACACGUAACGAGAACCAGCUCUAGGAAAGUAGCUGAGGGGCCUUGGGAGUCUCUUAUCCCAGACUGGCUUUUCUCUCAUCUCCUACCUCCCUCCUUUGAAUGGGAGCAUGGUAGAAAGAUAUCUGGCCUAAUGGCAUAUGUUGGAUUGUUUUCCUUUUCCUUUUCCGUUUCUUAAGGGGGGGAGGGGGGAUGGCAGAUUUGUAUGGCUUCUCAGUCCAAUCUAUGAUGUGACAGUUUCUGUGGACUCUGUAUGCCUGAGGGUUUGUGCAACGCAAGUAUAAAGAAGCAUGUACACACACACACACACACACACAGCGCACAGGAGCCCAGGGCCCAGACGGCUGACAGGGUGCCCUGCUCCCAGCAGGCACUGUCUCAGAGCCCCGCACACAGAGGAGCCUCUGCUCUUUCCUUAAAACCCUUCUGGGAAGAUUUCCCAGCCUCUCUUGGCAACACUUUCUAGCAUCAAAUAACCCUCCUCAUCCAGAAAUCGUUUUAUUUCAAAAUUAACACCCUUAGGCCCCAUUUUACUAAGUUGCUCUUUCUCUGCAAUCAGAGAGAGUGAGAAGAGCCAGUCAAACACUUUUUGUAUUAAACAAACAUUCGUAUCCACAAAACCCCCUACUCAGUGGCUGCACACUCAGCCUUCCCUACCCGGUGUAGUUCCCAGUGUGGCCUUCCCACACAGUCCACAUUAAAUUCUCUGCACUCCCAUGUAACUGUGGAAACAAGAACACCACACAGUUCACGCUUGAAUCAGGGUCCAGCCUUUUGCUUCUUUUAGAGGGAAUUGUAUUCUUCGCGCCUCCGAAUGAUCACUCGUAAGUUCGCACAACUGCAGUGCGACAUCACUGCUUUCCUGUAGACAGCUGUGUUUGCGCUGGGAUUCCGGGACUUGGCUGUGUCCAUACGAGGACUGGCUGUCAUGUCUAAACAUGCUCUCAUGUCUAAACAACUCAACCAGAUAACUGGAGCUCCAAAACUGAGGUUUUGACUUUCUAAAUUAUCUUUUGUGAUUGCAUCCUUGACCUUUAUAGACACAGCCAAAAAUAAACUUAAUAGCCAUCCAGCCAUGUGACUCUGAGUCUAUUAAUGCAUCAAUUGCUUUUCCAUAGACUUGUGGUAAAUGAAGAUUAAGAGACCAGGUUUUAUUUUUAGCAUUCCUCAUGCAUUUCAGUGGGAACUGAAAAAUAAUUGGUCAAAAAUUAUUUUUGUGCCAAGGACUCCUAAUAUUUUAAAUGGUGUGUUUGUAUGUCUGUGUAUGUAUCACAGGUAAUAAAGGCAACUGGAUGAUGUCUGUAGGGGAGGAAAUAAUGACCAAUUGCUUCCUUUGGAAAUCUUUUAUUGAUGCCUUUUUAUUAUGUAAGAGGCUCAAGCCUCUGUCUUGAUUCCUAUUAUGAGUGCCCAUUAGCACAGGCCUCUGUUUCUGAAUUUUUGUAAUUCUUGCCUUUACACCUGUGCAACAGACUCAGCCAGUGUUUCCUUGUCGUGAUGAUUUGAAUAGAGUGUAAAGUUCUACUUAAGUGAAAAAGAAGGUGUAUUGGGGAGUUGAGUCAUCAAGAGAAUUAUGAUUUAUGAGUUUAAGUGGUUUUUCUUUUAUGCAUUAAUAUAUUAGCAGACAUUUGCUCUUAACUGCAACAUAGCUUUGCAAAGCUUACCAAUAUGUCUUCAUUGUUUUCAAUGCUUCUUAACAACACAUCAAAAUACCAUCCUACUCAUAAUAAAGGAUCCUGCAAAGAAUCAAAGAACUAGUAGGUCAAGAAAAAGUUGAAUUUGAUCAAAAUACCCUCAAAUUUACUUUGGUCAAAUGACUCUUGUGACCCUCCUAGAAGUGCUGUCAGAGUCAGGCUUACCCAAAUGACCAAGGUCCCAGCCUCCUCCAAUUUCAGACCCGACUUGAGUGGCAUCGAGAUGAAGAUACCCUUGUAGGAAGUGGAGAACUAAUGUGACGGUAGUCGGCCCACUGCUUUGACUACAUACUUUAAAUAGGAAAUUACAUGCGUCAAAGAAAUUGUCAUGGCGUUAUUUCUGUCCCUUGACCUGUCAUGACUGUUUUCUGCAUAGGCACUCUGUACCCUCAGUGAACCCAACUAGGGUAGAAAAGCUGUUUAAAACAAAACAUCAUCAUCCGGCUCAGUCACUCACCCCACGUAGACCGAACGGCUAAGACCACAGGAUGCUCAUUUGCUUGGCUGCUGCUCUAGAGAUGGACGUAGGUCUGGUCAGGAAGAAAACUCAGAGGAGGCACCGAGUAAGUGGCCACCUUCAGACCGAGUGUGAGUGCAGUUGUUAAGAAGUGAUGUGUAUGCAGCCUGCGACGUGGAAAAUGAGUUCUGGGCAAGGGAGUUACGGAUUAAAUUCUCUAGCGGUAGUCACUGGGAUUCAGGUCUGUUUCCCUGAACUUAAAGUUCUUUUGAGAACUUUUAGUUCAAUUCUGGACAGAACAAUAGCGGUGGCUCCCUUCUUGAAUACUGGUUAUGACAAGGGCCGUCAGUUGCUGAUAUGAAGAAACUAAUAGCAUCCAGUAGGUCAAGUGAAUGAGGAGUCACCCAUGCGGAGACCCAGCCUGGGUUGCCUCCUGGGAAACCCUGCUGUCUAAAAUUCGGUGAACUUGAGGAGGUUGUCCCCUACAUGUGUGUGGUUCUCCUGAAGGCAGACACAUAUAUGUAUGAAGUCCUCCUGCACCUCGUCAAGAAGGGAGUGACCUGUGUUCAUCAGAAAAAGGGGAAGACAGGAGAGCAAGCCGUGAGAUCCUGUGGUAGUGUGCGCUCUCCCUCCCCUUCCCCCGCUAGGAAACAACUGCACUGAGAUGUGGGCAUAAAACGGCAAAGUGACAUGGCUUCCAAAGUGCACAGUGAUGUUAUCCUUUGUAAUUGUAGGCACCGUUAUCUUGCUGGAAGUGCAUGCGUGGCAGAUUAAAAUAAAAGGGGAACGAUGCACAAACCCUAAGUGUUCCCCUCACUCUUUCUUCCUCCCUAGCUGUGUUUACCCUGAACUGGUUCAUUUGGGGGGUGCAUAUUUAUUAAAGGGGAGUCAACAUGGGGUUUUCACUUUUCAGUCGGCCUUGUUUGGUUCUGAGGCAUCUUUCCCCGUAGGCACAGAUGUGUGUCGCUCAUUCCGGGUCCUCUGAGUUGCCACUGCUCGAGCUUCUGGAAUACUUUUGCUUUUCUGGGUUUUCAAUUCCUCUCUGAUUAUCCUUUGUCUAUGCCAAGCAAAACAUUCUCCAGUGAGAAAAUCAAAGGCAUAUAUGAUGUUUUGCAAAAUUACUUGAUUCCAGCUCCCAUGAACGGGAGCCAAACUUUGAUUCUCAUACAUUUUCCUUCACGACAGUUUCCACCUUCCCACUCUGUGGUUUCCACAGUGAAUUAACCCAGAGCACUUGAACGCUGGUAUUUCUGCCGUGCCCUGGAAGAUGUCAAGCUGUGGAAUCUGACUAACCUUGGCCUGCUAGGUGAUCUUUACUAGAAUUACCAAGACUCUUUGUGAACUCUCAGGUGGAAUUCUUUGUCACCUUCGCCUGACAUAGCAAUUUUCAAAGAAAAAAUGAAGGAGGUUAUUUUUCCCCCCAGUGACAGUCUGGAAGAUAAAUGUUUUUUUUUCCCAAUUUACAUGCUGAGUUACAGGUGCAGCAUGGACCAUUUCUCUCUCUAAUGUCUUGAUAUUGGUGGUAUCUUGCAAUCUUGAUGGCCCACUGUUUCAAUUCUUUUUUUUAUUUUCUUCUAUGUUGUCAAAAUACCACACUAGAGGAAGAAUCAGAGUGAGCAUCCUGUGUUCCAAGUUAACAUCAAGUUAGGUGUCGUUUGUGUAGGAUGACACAGUGAUUAAUGUCUGCAGAGAAGUUAGACCGGAUGAAACCUGCUGGAAUGAGUCUGAUUUAUAUUGCUUUCAUCAUUCUGGUUCCCAAUGAAGUGGUUAUUGCUCUCCACCUCUACUGAAAGAAUAGAGUCUUAAACAUUAAUAACCAUAGCGUCUCGAUGUGACCACAGAAAGUAUUUGUCUUAAAUGUCUGUUUUUCUCAUUUUGCUAUACCCAUCAGCAUGGAGGUUCUUUCUUCAGUGACCUCCAUCGCAAACUUUUUGGCAGUGUUUUUCAACCCUUGGUGUGCCCAAAAGUCACGUGUGGCACUUGUUAAAAAUUCCUAAGUCUAACCCCUGAGAGUCUUCAGAAACGUCAAGUGGGGCGAAGGUAUCUGCAUUUGGGGCUAGUAUUCUUAAUAAUUUGGAUGGGAUGGUCUGUGGACCUUACUUCGGGAAACUCUGCUAUUUUAGAGACUACACAGGGGUCAGCUUGUCUCUCACUUGCUAGUCGCACUUCCUUUCCACUACAAAUACAUCAGAGCGUGCAUUGCCUGCUAAGAGAAAAGGCCCAAAGAAGCCCACUCCAGGGCUCGGGCAGAGUGAGUUUCCCAGAUCGUUUUGCCCUUCUGUCCGUCAUCCAUAACCUCUUGUCCAUUUUGCAUGUGCUUGUACCUUUUGCUUAUUUAUUUAUUUUUACCGAACUAAAAGCCUGUAUAAAUAGUUCUGCCCCUGGGUAGAGGGGAGCACAUCUCUGAGUGAGAUGUAUCCUAAUGAUGCCCAACAGGCAAUAAAAACAAUUAACUCACCCAAGGAGAGAAGGAGAGCUCAUCUCCAGGCCCCUAGGCAGUUGGAGUCAGGAGCUGGACAGUGAUCUCUAAUUCCAUCCUGUGUGAGGACCCGUGAGGUAGGUCCAUUAUGAACAUAUGCACGUGUCACCGAUAGCACUAUACGAUGAUCAGUGGAUUUAGCUGUGUUUCACCAGUAAAAUGCUUUGAAUUGCUAUGUUUGUCCAAUUUGACUCACACAGGACUAUGAAGCUGUCAGAGAGUUGAAGACCCUGAUCCCCAACAUUAACUAAAAACUUCAAGCAAACCCUGGAGAGAGACUAAAUAUAAAAAGAGAAAUAAAGAGUGACUUCAAACCAGUAGUCAUAUUCCGUGUAUGGUGGCACAGAGUUCUGUAACUUUCUAGUCUCUCUGACAGGGGAGAUGGCCCUACCCUGACUGUUCGGACAGAAACCCUUUGGAGGGCUUCAGUGGUCUGGCUGGCUCUGUCCCCAUAACAAUAACUGGGGAGGCACCACUUUCCCUCACCCUGUAAGAAAUAGAGAACGAAUGGCUUACAUUCACGUUUGUCGAGACUGUCAAUGAAUAUUUAGAUAUCACUACUGCCCAGGGAAAGUGGACAAUGGCUAAUGAAACCAAUGAGCUUGAGCCACGAGUUCAGAUUACUUGGCCAUGAUUUCUAAAACUGUGGGGUUUGAUUCUGCUUGCCUUCCCUCUUCUACUUCCCAAGGGGGACCCCUUUACUGCCCUGGCUUUGUAACCUUUUAAAAACAUGUUCCUCUUUGUGAACAAAUUAUGUUGUUUAUUGGCUAAAGAAUUUUUGGUUCCUUAACUCUCCUUCUUCAUUGACUUUGCAAAGGUGAAGGGAAAUGUGCCCUGGCCCAGCAACUAUCAAGGGGUUGGUUUGGGGACAGGGGCGGUGAUUCUCCUGCUAAUCAGCACCUCGGGCCAACUGGAGGAUUUAGUAAGUCUCCUUUCUCCUGCAGCCUCUUCCGUCUUGUCAGUUUAUUCUUAGCAUUGACCUUUAAGGUAAUUCGCCUGCAUUUGGACAAUAAAAACCAACAUUACUCCCGACUCUCUCCCUGCUGGUGUGGACUCCAUCCAUCACAUGUGGAAGCAGGGUUGGUGCACUAGUAGCGGAGAAGGUUUGCUUUGUAAUUGCACUUAUGGGUGAACGUGUGAGCACAUGAGUGUGCAUGUACACACACAUGCAGUUUUUAGGUUGGUGGUGAGUCAGUCAUUGGCUAAGGCUGGUGGAGACAGUCUUGAGUUACGAAGUUUCACAGUUUUUAACUCAGCACAGCAGUAGCUACUGAGGGUGUUGGUCCUUGAGAAUGUUGAGUAAAGCUGAUCUCCUGAUGUGAAAUUCAAACAGGUUUCUGGGUAAAAGUCAAACUUAUUUUCAUUUGUAUAGUGAACUAGUGGUGCCUUCCUCAAAAAAAGAAAAGAAAGGAACAAGAAAGAGAAAAGGAAUGUUUUGAAAUCUAAAACAAAUUGAGGAUUCACAUGGAGCAUCUGUAGUUUCUCUCAGCUGCAGCCAGUGGUCAGGGGUUUGUGGCUGUGCGUGAGAAACAGGGACAAUGUCACUGGGUGCUGUCUCUGAUUCGGUGGGUUAUGUGCAUUUAAAGUGGUGACUGUCACAGGGGCUUGAUUUUGCAUCCCACGGGACAUUUGUCAAUGCCUGGGGAUAGUUUUGAUUGUUGUGAUGUGAGAGGUAUUACAGGCAUUGCAUGAAAAAAGACCAGGGCCGCUGUUAAACACCCCACGGUGCACAGGGGAGCCCCCACAGUGAAGGAUUAUUCAGCCCCACAUGUCAGUAGGACUGAGGUUGAGGAACCUGAGUUAAGUAAGGGUUGGCUCAAAUUUUUCAAGGCAUUCUUACCAUGUAGACAAAGACCUUUGGAUCAAGAGAUAGGAUGAAAUAGAAGAAGAAUAAUUAAUCAUUGGUACCACCUUAAAGCUGUCCAGGGUUUACCUGACAUUAAAUACAACUAUCUCUUUGUACAGGUGUAAUUUAGAGGGAGAUUUAGAGGGAGAAAUGCAUCCUUUUUUCCCGGGCUGCGGUGGUGAUGGGCAGGUCUGUGGUCUAGGUCUCAGUAUUCUGCUUCAGUCUCUUUCUGCUUCUGAAAAAUGAUAACUCAGUGGAGACAGAAACCUUCUAACAGCUAAAUGUGUUUGUUACGAAGCACAACGGGAGCACUCUCAGUUCACCUGACCCUAUCAGAGAUGUUUUGAACCUGAAUAAUGGCAAACAGAAGGUGCUCUCAGAAAUGAAACGGAUAAAAGGGAGCAACUAGGGUUAGAAGAUGCCAAUGAUUUCAUUGCCUUUAACUGCUCAUUGUGGACGUUGUUUAAGCUUAGCCCCUCACUAGCAAUAACCCUUAGAUCUUGGAAAACGUGAUCCUCUGACUCACACAGGUGGGUCCAUGUCCUCGUCUUCAAAGAUGCAAAAAGUCUAAGCACAGAUCCUGGCUACUUAGCCUUAUGUCAUGUGUAUGUACUGACUUUAUUAGGACACAAAACGUAUUUGUGUCCUAAAUAAUUUGACAUUUUUCUUUUAAUUUAUCAUACCAACCUCCCAGUGAUAGAAUAAAGGCUGGCACAUUCUAUCCCCACUGCAUACAGAGGAAACUGAGGACCCAGGGAGCUGGGUAGCAUAAAUGUAUUCAUCUGUUCAUUCAUCGAUUCAGCAGGUAUUUGCUGUGUGCAUUUGAUCCUGCAGGUCACCGCGGUGAGAUUCUGCUAGAGAAUCAAACUUGGGAUAUAGAACUUGAAUUCAAAUUGCCUAAAUCUAGACUGACAUUAUUUCCUUACGUAGUUCUGAUCAACAUUCCAGACUUAUAGUUUAAAUAUGGUUAUAAAUAAUGUAUAUUAAGGAAUUACUAUUAUGUACUGGAAACUCCACUAAGUGCUUCAUACGCCCUAGCACUGUCUGACCCAGUGAAAUAGGCCCUGUUCUCAUCCUCUUUUGCAGGUGAGGUAAAGCAUAGGUAAAGUGGCACAAAAUUCCAUGGUGGCAGGCCCAGUUUAUCCUCUGGGUUAAGCCACCCAAAGGCUGAUGGCUUAACCGCAUCGCAUCAUAACCUUUUCCUGCCACAUUUUCAUUUCUUCUCCUCCAUGCAAAAGGCAGUGAGGAAGAAUCCAGACUGACACCCUCCUGAACGUUAUUGACUAUUUUCAAUGGCAAACUCUGAUAGCAGGCAUCUCCCCAGGAAACAAAGGAAAGGCAGACUUGGAGGGGCACUUUUGCCUAGCACAAACUGUACUUUAUGGCAGGAGUCUGAUCGAGGAGCAGCAAUAUGGUAGACCAGGCAGCUGGUGAGCACGAAUACCCUGUGAAACCCAAAGCGGCCAGACAGCUUCCCCCCAGGAGGACUGCACCUGCCACCACUCGCGGUGCCGUUUCCAUGUUACCGGGGCCAAUUUCAUGAGAAGUGAAGUAGGCAGAUGUGCCUGUGUGUGUGUGUGUGUGUGUACAAGGACGUAUCUGCCAUUGUCAUCUUUUGGCUUUUUAAGCAAUCGUGGGCUUUGUUCAAGACAGGUCAGGAAUCCAGGUGUGACUGGCUGCUCCCAGCAUGUUGUCACCACUGUGCUAAGUUGGGAAAAUGAGAGACAGCUGCAGAAAAGAGGCGGCACUGAGAUAUGUGAGUGUGCACGAGAGGCGUGUAUGUGUGUGUGUGUGCGUGUGUGUUGCCUAUGUGUGUUCCUGUAGAAAAUUUUGUGUAUAUGUGUAUAUAUAUUUGUACAUCCAAAUGUAUAUAGCUAUAUCUAUACUUAUGUAUACAUACAUAAAUGAAUCUCAUAGUUUGUAACUUUGGAAUUUUGAGUUUGACAAAUGAUGAUGAUUUAUAUUUGGUUUUCUAGAUAGUUUAAUAUAGUUAUAUUUUCCAAAAUUCUCUUUAACUAGGAGUGUAUGAAUUUAUUUAUGGUACAGAAACUAUGAUUAAAAUACUUUGGUUUAACAUCUAUUGAUACAAAACCAAACAAAAGUGCAUUUGAGGAAAAGCCAAGCUCGUAAAAACUGGCUUUCUUAUUUGAAUCAUUUGUUGGAAUUUCAAACUGUGUUGCAAACAUGUUCAUUCAAAAGAAGACCCAUCCUCACUGAAUGAAUGUGAUAACGUUUAGGGGGAAAAUAAAGACAUAUAGGUCUGUGACAGCACAACUCCGAUGGCCAUCAAGCUGAUGGCACUUCACCAACACAUCGGUUCCUUCACUCUCUCCUCACUGCUUUUUACGUCAUCACUCAUGGGGGUCCCUGUAGCCCUAUACACUUUGUAGUUGGAGCUAAUGAUCUGUUUAAUUAUUUUAAACCUGUAGUAAAUAAUUUAUAACAUGUACAUUGUAAAUAUAUAUGAAAGCUCAAGGGCACAUUGUAAUAAUAACCAAACACUUUCUGAACUCCUGCAAAUCACCCUUUCAGCCUGUUUCAAACAGAUACCAUAAUAGUUGCUCAAAGAAGGAACAAAAUAGUGAAAUGAAAGAAAAUAUUAAUGAUCUAUUUUGGCAUCCUGUGGGCAUAAUGACCAAAUGACUAAAGUUUGGGUACUCUUAAGGAGACAGUAACUUAUGUUUUCAUUCAUAGUGAUGUGCUUUGCAUAUUUUGAAGACUGUGAAAAGUGUUUUUUGGUCAACCUAUGCAAACCAGAAUGUUGGCACACGAGCCCAGACCGUCAGAGCCUCAGCCCGGCUCUCCGCCCAGGGCUCCGCUGAGAGUCUGAGUGCAGAGUCCCCUCCUCCUGGGACCCGUCAGGUCGGCCCGCACAGUCAGAAGCCUCUGCAAUCUAAUCCAGCACGAUCGUUCAUUUUUUCCUCAUAAGCUCCCUGGAGAUGUGAUCUUAAAAGCGUAUGAAAGAAAAUUAAUUUCUUAGCAAUCAAAUGUUCUAAUUAGGUUUAAGAACACGUGAAGGAGGACUGGCUGUUUUUCUGCAAGUUUUGGAGCACAGAGGAAGGUUUUACAUUAUCUCUGGCUUCAGGUUCCUCUAACAUUUUCUUUUAUUUAUUUGUAAUUCCAAAGGAGAAUGUUAAAUCAGGAGAAUUUUCCUUAAAAUAUUCUGCUUAGUUUGGAAACAGACAGAUUCACUUAUUUUUGUAAUCCAUGGGGAUGUUGAGAGGGGGCGGUGCCCACCCCUCAUUACCCUGUUUCUGAUCUAAGGAAAAGGGUCCGUGAACGAGGGCGUGGCCUCGUGCUUAACGCACACAAACGCCGCGCGGGGAAGCCCGCUGAGCGUCCCGCUGGAGGCUGUUCAGGGGAUCAGCUAUGAGUGAGUCACCACUUAGAUUAGUGAUGGCACUCAGCUUGUUUCUCUUACGGGCACUUAGUCCAUGAAAUCAACUCUUUGUGUUGCCUGAAGGAAUUGGACUAAUGAUCUUAGUUGAAUUCCUGUUCCCCUCAUCAUUCAGAACCAGCUGAGCACAAACCUAACAAACACAAUAAUUGGUCCCAAUUAAAUCGACAUGUUUAAAUAUUAUCAGCACCAUCCUGGACACUCGCAAAGACCCUGUUGCUUAGGUUACAUAGAGACCUCCAAUACAAUCUGCCAGGGAGUAUCAGACUCCUCCUCCCAAGUCCGUUCCUGAUGCUGUGAAGGUGACGUCACCACACAGGGAGGAGCCUGUGUUUUGCUGGGGCCAAUACUGAGUGGUGUUCUGUUGGGGCUUUGCUCAAGUUCCUUUUCCCUGACCUCAUUCAAGUGCUUGAUGGCCUGGGUCCGUUAGCUGCACACUGAUGUAUCCCAAGUGACACCCACUGAAUUACCUCUUUUCCUUUACAAAGCAGUUCGCUUGUACAUAAGUGUAAUGUCAACUGUUUACAGGUUCUCUUUGUGUGUAAUUGUGAUAGCAGAUUUAGCUCAAACUUUAAAGGAAUCUGUUUACCGAAUGGUGUUCAAAUGAAUGUGCUUAUUGCAAUAUAAACAUCGUUAAUUCUGGACUCACACAAAUGCAUGUCUACACGUCGCCAACUCCCAGCAGCUCGGUUAUCCAGCAGUCUGUGAAUAGCAAAUAUACAUAACCUACUGUGACUCUGAUAACUCAGUGACUGUUAUUACCUUGGUAUGUAACACUGUAGAUUUUAGCCUGCUGUAUUUCUUUCUUACCUUUUUGUUUUUGCGAGAGAAACACGGUAAACGAUAGUACUACUAAUUGUCCCAAUGGAAUUGCACACCGUUUUGGUGACCAUGGGUCCACCCAAAAGGCAGCUGCCUAUUGCUGGGACAAUGGCCCUGAGCAACAGAUAAAUACAUACAUACAUAUCUAUGUUUGCAACAUCUACAAUGCUAAUUACUACCGUCUAUUCUCACUGCCAAUGGAACAAAUUACUAUUUUCUCUGGAAUCACUGAUGGACUAUAAAAACCUUAAUUUGCUAUUAACUGCUUUCCUGUUCUGUUCAGUUGUUAUAAUAUGGUAAAUGAUACAGGUGCAGUAUCAGUAUUGUAAAACUGUGUGGUAAAAACUACAAAAGUUAUUCUGUGGAUAUAUUUUAAGAGGCAGACAAGAAGAUAUAUUUCAGAUUUCUUGUGUGAAUAUAAUUACAGACAUAGGUAACUAUUUUUAUGUGUUUCCAUAAAUGACUCCAUUUCAUAUACAUUGUAAUUUAGCACUGAUCAUAAUAAAUCAUUUGGUAACAUUUA